UUUCAGAAGCCAACAUGUGAAGACCGAUUCAUUCCGCAAUGGCAGCCCUGGAGAAAGCAGAUGAUACCGGACUCCGACCUGCGGGGGGAAGCGAGGUAUGUGACGAGGAUGUGGCUGCAGUGCGCAUUCUGCAGGCGGCGGGCUUCGACUGCGCGCAGCUCCUCUCGCUGGGCCACGGCGCCGCGGCGCUGCGGCGGAGCGGCGUCGCCGCCGCGGAGCUGCGGAGCUGCGGGGUGGACCUCGCAGGACUCUACGGCGUGGGGUACUCGGCCAAGGAGCUCCUGCAGUGUGGCUACACUCCGCUGGAGUUGAAGCAGGUGGGCGUGACAGGCGCUGAGCUGAAGGAGAUCGGCUGCAGCGCGCGGCUUCUGCGGGACUUGGGCUUCCAGGCUCGGGAGCUGCGGGCCUUCCGGGGCCGCGAGCUGCUGGAGAUGGGGCUGGAGCCCAGGGAGCUGAAGGAUGCCGGCUUCCCUCCACAGGAGCUCCAAAGUCUCGGCCCGCAGCAGCUGGGGGAGCUCUUCACCCUGCAGGAGCUCAGAGAUGCAGGUCUGGGCCCCAAGGAGUUGAAAGCCGCGGGCUUUCACCUCAAGGACCUCAUGCAGCAUGGCUUCAGCUUCCCGGAGGUCUUGGUGGAGGGCGGCUUCCCUGCGGACCAGAUCCACCCCACGGCGUCCUACCUCUUCCGACCCUCGGGGGCCACGGCCAACUGCCACGCCGCGGCGUACGCGAAGAGCGAAAAGUCGGAGCUGCUGUUGGUGGCAAAACUCUUAUGGUCCAAGCCGAAAGCCAAUGCGAGCCUACGCCAUGUGACUGGUAGAUACGGUCUGGUCAUAAUGUGA